GUUGACACAGUAAUUCAACUAUUAUAAAUAAUGUAUCAACGAUAAUUUCUCCCCAAAUCGUUCACAAAAGUGUUAGCGACAAGUGAGGGUCAGUGCAACUUCCACAUUCAAACAUCAUAUAAUUAAUAUAUAACAGCCAACAUGCAUCGACUACCGUGUAUUCUCCGUUCAAGUUUGGCCAACAGGAUCGCUCCAUCUCUAGUGCGAGGCUAUGCAAAGGACAUAAAGUUUGGAGCGGAGGCCAGGGCCAUGAUGCUUCAAGGUGUUGACAUUCUCACAGAUGCUGUUUCUGUAACAAUGGGUCCAAAGGGUAGAAAUGUUAUUCUUGAACAGAGCUGGGGAAGUCCCAAAAUUACAAAAGAUGGUGUUACUGUAGCAAAAGCAAUUGAACUCCAAGACCGAUAUCAGAACAUUGGUGCUAAGUUGAUGCAGGAUGUUGCCAACAGCACAAACGAGGAGGCUGGCGAUGGCACAACGGCAGCUACUGUGUUAGCGCGAUCUAUAGCAAAGGAAGGAUUCGAGAAAAUGAGCAAGGGUGCUAAUCCAAUUGAAAUUAGAAAAGGUAUUAUGUUGGCAGUUGAUAUUGUUGUUUCUCAGUUGAAAAAGAUGUCUAAACAAGUCACAACACCAGAGGAAAUUGCGCAAGUUGCAACUAUAUCUGCCAAUGGAGACCAUUCAAUAGGUGAACUUAUUUCAAGUGCUAUGAAGAAAGUUGGAAGAGAUGGAGUUAUUACAGUAAAGGAUGGAAAGACAUUAAAAGAUGAGCUUGAAACAAUUGAAGGUCUCAAGUUUGACCGGGGUUAUAUUUCUCCAUAUUUCAUGAACACGGCCAAAGGUGCUAAGUGUGAAUUCCAAGAUGCCCUGGUGCUGCUGAGUGAGAAGAAGAUCUCAAGUGUUCAGCAGCUGAUUCCAGCGUUAGAGCUAGCGAAUCAGGCUCGUAAGCCACUUAUCGUCAUCGCUGAAGAUGUUGAUGGAGAAGCUCUCAGUACCCUCGUCAUCAACAGAAUCAAAGUAGGCCUGCAGGUAUGUGCUGUGAAAGCGCCAGGCUUUGGGGACAACAGAAAAAACACAGUUCAAGAUAUUGCAGUAGUAACAGGUGGAGUGGUGUUUGGAGACGAGGGAAAUAUGUACAAGCUUGAGGACAUCCAGAUGCAGGACUUCGGUGGUAUCGGAGAGGUGGUCGUCACCAAGGACGACACACUGAUGAUGAAGGGAAAGGGUGAUAAAAGUGAGAUUGAAAAGAGAAUAACUCAAAUAAAAGAUGAAAUUGAACUGUCAACAUCAGAAUAUGAGAAGGAGAAGUUUGGUGAAAGGCUUGCCAAGUUAUCUAAUGGUGUUGCAGUCCUGAAGGUUGGAGGAACCAGUGAAGUUGAAGUGAAUGAGAAGAAGGAUCGGAUUAAUGAUGCGCUGAAUGCGACGCGGGCAGCAGUGGAGGAGGGCAUUGUACCAGGUGGUGGUACUGCUCUACUGCGGUGUAUUCCAGCACUGGAAGAAGUGAAACCAGAAAACACUGACCAGGCUACUGGUAUUGACAUCAUCAAGAAAGCUCUGCGUGUUCCUUGCUUGACCAUUGCCCAGAAUGCUGGUGUGGAUGCUCAUGUUGUUGUUGAAAAAGUUGUUAAUGGCACGGACGAUUUUGGUUACGAUGCUUUGAACAGUGAAUAUACAAAUCUGAUCGCAAAAGGAAUCAUAGAUCCUACAAAGGUCGUGAGGACCGCACUGAUUGAUGCUGCUGGCGUGGCAUCGUUGCUGACAACUGCAGAAUCUGUCAUCACUGAACUUCCUAAAGAUGACAAGGCAGGACCUGAUCUCGGAGCUAUGGGUGGAAUGGGUGGGAUGGGAGGAAUGGGGGGCAUGGGUGGGAUGAUGUAGAAACAGCCACACCAUGGACAAAAAACGUAUUUGGAAAAAACCCGGAAAAGAACUGAUUUACGAUCCACUACGGAUGGAGUAAUGAGACAAACAUUUGCUCUGGUGAAAACUGUUUUCCCAUGCGGGGCGGACUUCUAGAAGUAACGUGCGGCAGACAGCAGUGCACCGAGUCGACGGUGGCUGGCUUAACUCAGUCAUUGGUCUCCUGGGUUCGGAAGGAACCGGCUUCGUUAUCAAAGUACUAUCUAUGGACAGUGUGAUAAUAUCACAAUCAGUUAUGUGUCUGCUAGCUGUUGGCAUACAUGUAUCAAAACAAAAGUAUUCGGGAAACAUUCAAUUUCAUCUUUCUAAAUAGGAACGUGUGAUGAUUUUUUUUUUUUUUUUUAAAUGUGUCUAUACAUGUUUCUUGAUGGUGGUUCAUGAGUAUGUGCAUUUAUAUAGAAUGAGUUUUGUACAAUUAAGCUAGUAAUCAUUAGAGCAUUUUGUUUCGCCAUGUAGUGAUAUGUGUAAAGUAUCAUAAUAAAUAAAUGUAUCUAGA